AUGGAGGUGCUCUGCCAAAAGAUGAAUAAAGACUCGUCAGAGGUGAAAUCGACCGAUCGAAGACAACAUCUGGCUGACAAUUCUACUGAGCAGACUGAUGCCAACAGUACCAUCGAUGAAGGGAUGGUACCCGACACAGUGGAGGCGAUAAACACCACGUCCUUAAUGGUCACUUAUCCUGAUGCAUCACGUGAAUGUGUGAUUCAGGAUCAUCCAAUAUCCUCGACCUGCGUCCCUAUCGAGACGUCUCUGAAACAGUGGCGGCAACUAGCCGAUCUGAAACUUCACAAAGUCGGUCACAAUGCAGUCCCGCUUCGGAACUUCCCGAAAGCCCAUCGGGCCAUUCAGCAGCGACUGGGAGGGACCAAGCAAAAACGUUACACUAUUUGGUUGUGUAAACGUUCGACCCAACGGAGGCAAGAGAGAUGCAGCCAUUGGUUCAUCACCUCUCCCGCUCACGGUAAUCAGGCCGCAGCCGAAGUCGCUCGACUUCUCAAACCCGGAGAAACUACCCAUCAGCCAGCUCCAACACUUAACAUUGCUGGUAUCACCAACAAAUUGGCUCCAGAGCCAGUUUAA